AAUUCUAUACUUUGCGUCCUAGCCUCUUUCCUCAGUCGUCACAGGCCAAAUUUGUAACACAGGGUAUCCAUAUCUGAUUUUCCUUUCUUAUGAUGGCUUACACAUUUUCUUUCCUAUGAUGGCGAGAGAGCAGUGUACAGCCACUGGCUCCCAAGGCCUGUUUAAGGAAGCGGUACCGCUGCUAUAAAGCACUGUGGCCAUUUCACGAGGCAGCACUAGAUCCACCACGGUGGGUGGGUAGAUGGGAGGGGAAAGACGGACAUUUACCGCCCCAGAGCCUAGUGGCCUGAGUUUGGAGAAGGGCUAACAGACAGCGAAGUGGAGACAAGCGCACACCACUCUCCUCCACGACGCCACUCUCCUCAACGGAGCGCCGAGACAGCAGUGGAGGUAAAGGAGCGCCUGCGCAGUAACGAGUAGCGAUGGACUAAGUAGAGGAUUGCUUCCUGCACUCCUGUCGCAGUUCGGAAUUUGCAGUACGCCUGCGUGUUGGUGGAGGGGAAGAGGGCGGUGUCCGGUCCCGUGUUUUGAACGUCUCGAUGCGGGCAGCUCACUAUUUGGCAGGAAGGUGAGGAGGCCUCUAUCCUGGUGGUAGAGUUCGUGAACGGAGAGGAGGAUCCAAAUGUAGCAGAGGCGAAUUGGAGGCAGCAGUGGUGACUGCAGAGUGGGACAAACGAAACAAGGGGCGCAGCUCCCCAUACUGCUGCCGCAGAGAAUCUGAGUGGCCUAGUGAGACAGGAGGGCUGUUGCGGCUGCAGUCCUAACGCUUCUGGACUAUCCUCUUGGCAUUCCCAGGCGCCCUUUCGCCCAGCAGAGCCUGUAUUAAUCACAUUUAAAUGUAAAAAUGAGCUUUACUAGAUCAUGACCUCUUACUCCAAGAAGCACAACUGAAAGACAUAUCAAACAUCAGACUUCUGGUCUGGGCAAAUUUGGGAGAAAACCUACAAUGGGGCCCCCUCUGCGAAGCAAACCCACGUGGCCCCUUUCUCCCACCCCCCAACUGGUUCGGGAAGAGAUUUCUCUGAGAGAAGUGGAAGAAGCCUGUUUAUUUAACAGGCAAAGCACUACUCAGCACAAGAAUGAACAAUAUCAAAUUACAAAACCUCUCGCCACUCUGAAGAGAUGACAAAAUUCAGAGGGUCUCCUUCCUUAAUGGUACAGCAUUUAUAGUUCCAUUGUCUACAACAGCCACUUGUAUAGACACCCAACAAGGGAUGAGUGAUAUAACUGAAAGUGCUUCUCCUAUAUUUGAGGAAGAACAAAUUGAUGAUUGGAUGGUACAUUAAUAAGUAGCUGUUGUAUUACAAGAAUAAGAAGAUAUUUGGGGAGUUGGGAAGAACUGGAUUUUCACCCUAGUCUAGCAGCUUUGCUGCUCACUUAAACACAGAUGAAUGAAGACCCCAUUUGGAAAAUCACCAGGUCAGCGGUCCAGAGCUGAUGCAGGUCAUGCAGGAGUCUCUGCGAGCAUGAUGAAGAAAAGAACUUCCCACAAAAAGCAUAGAAACAAUGUUGGACCAAGCAAACCUAUUUCUCAGCCACGAAGAAACAUUGUAGGCUGCAGAAUACAGCAUGGCUGGAGAGAAGGGAGUGGACCUGUAACACAAUGGAAGGGCACAGUUCUUGAUCAAGUUCCUGUAAAUCCCUCCCUCUAUCUUAUAAAGUAUGAUGGAUUUGAUUGUGUGUAUGGACUAGAACUGCACAAAGACGAAAGAGUUUCAGCACUUGAAGUCCUUCCAGACAGAGUUGCUUCAUCUCGAAUUAGUGAUGCCCACCUGGCAGACACAAUGAUUGGCAAAGCUGUGGAACAUAUGUUUGAGACAGAGGAUGGCUCAAAAGAUGAAUGGAGGGGGAUGGUCUUGGCUCGAGCUCCUAUUAUGAACACAUGGUUUUAUAUUACCUAUGAGAAAGAUCCUGUGUUGUAUAUGUACCAACUCUUAGAUGACUAUAAAGAAGGUGACCUUCGCAUUAUGCCCGAUUCCAAUGAUUCACCUCCUGCAGAACGAGAACCAGGUGAAGUUGUAGACAGCCUGGUAGGCAAACAAGUGGAAUAUGCCAAAGAAGAUGGCUCAAAACGGACUGGCAUGGUCAUUCAUCAAGUUGAAGCCAAACCAUCUGUCUAUUUCAUCAAGUUUGAUGAUGAUUUCCAUAUUUAUGUCUAUGAUUUGGUGAAGACAUCCUAGACAUCAUCAUGAUCUUCUGCCAAAUUUGUGGAACUAUUAAAUGUAAAAUUUGUAGACACAGACUUGACUGUUUUUCAGUUGAAUGAAAGCUUAAAUGUCCCUGCGAACCCACAAUCUCUGCCAGCAACUCUGUUUUGUUCUGAAUAAUACAAAUUUAUGUGAACAUGACACAUCUUGUGUAAGAGAGCUCCUUUUCUUGAAGGAAAUCAAUAUGUUUGGGUGGUAGGGAGUUAAAAGCAAAGAACAGUUGCAAAUUCAAGCUGUGUGAAGUCAAUCUAGUAUUGUAAUCUAGAUCUUUUCUUAGAUUAAAUUUUUCUUUAACCUUGCAUCACCUGUUCAACUGCCACAUGCAAGUGUAGUUUGCUAUUUUCCAUAUGCCUUCUUUUUCAACAUUAAAUUUAAUUUCUUGGCUACUGGCAGUCCUUGUUUUCUGGGUUGGGACAGAGGUGACUUUUCUGAAAGGUUUAAACAGUGUGCAGCAGUAAAGAGUGUCUAACCCAAGUAACAUAAAUUUACUGUGUUUCUACUCUGUUUCAAAUUAAAUUUUUUAAGAACUUGCAGUACAUGGAAAUACUUGUGUGUUUUUACUAGUCACAGAGCAGUUGGAUAUCAAGUGUUUGACUUAUGCACCUUUCAGUGAAAAGGCUUUAAACUAUAAAAAUAUAUUUAAUCUAUAUAUCCAGUUAAUUAGAAAACGAAGGUUAAGAGCCUGUGUUUACAAGUUGUAGGAACCAGUAAAAUACACACAACAAAGCUGCCUUUAAUCCUAAAUGUUGUGCUCUGUUUUGUUAUACACAUUUUGUAGCAGAAUACAAGUGCUUGGGUGCCACAAGUUUAACAGUAUAUAAUGCUACUUAAGCAGACUUUGGACUACACAUUGGCAAUCAGUAGUCUCUCAUUUAAUAUCAGAACCUAGCAACCUGGAUGUUUGUGUGUGGACUUAGAAAUCUAGUAUUAGUUAAUCUUUUACACGGUAAAUACAAAUUUAUGGGACAGGGGGUGCUUUUACACUGAGAACCUCCUUUAGAGAAGGAGAAGCAUUUGUUGCCUUCUCCUCAGUCUGCUGUAUUCCUUUGUUUUGUGUUGGGGUUUGCUAUUGUUUUUAACCAUUUUGGCUCAAGAAGGCAUCAUUUCAAUGUAUUCUAUUUUUGGCUUUUCCACAUAAGGAGUGUCCAAACAAAUCUACAGUUUAAACCUGUUGUUGCCUUUUGUGGUGUACUUGCUUUGAGGUAUGCCAUUAACAUGAAUUUCAUUCUAUGAACACUAGAGUUUUGCAUGCCAGUGGUGUACUAUCUAAUGGGAGCUAUAGGCUGUCUCAGUGGUUCAGUCAUCUGCAUUAGAUUGUGGAUGUAAAUAACAGCCCACAACAGCAGAAUCCUUUCACAGUUUUAAACUUGUAAGAUAGUUGUAAAUCAAGGUUAGGGUAUUUGGGUUUUUUUAAGAACAGCAACUUUUAAAAGCUUCAAACCACUGCUUCACAGAAAUACAGUAUGUGAAGAAUGUGAAUACAGUCAACACUUUUGAUGGAAAGAAGAAAUACAUAGAUAUCCAACCUUAUGAUGAUAGUGGAAGGAUGCAGGAGAGAUCCUGCUAAUCAGAGAUCAGGGGUCUGACCUCUAUUGUGGGUAUUCUUAAUAUCAAAGACUCAGUGUCUUAAGUCCUUUUCUGUUCUUUUUUUUUUUUUUUUUUUUUUUGCCUGAUUUCAUGCUUUAGCCUUAAGGCUUGUGCCUCAUUAUGCUGUUAAAUGGUAAUACUGUAUAAAUAUGGUAUCAAUUCUUUGUCCCUUGCUACUAUAUCGCAUUAUGUCCUGUAUUUCAUCAUGGGCAACCAAAGGCAGGCUUUUGUCUUUCAGUUCACAACUGCUCAAUCCAGUCUUUAAGCACCAAGUAUCUGAGUCAGUAAAUUUUCAUUGUGUUUUGAACAAAAUGAGCAGAUUUGCAACACAGUGCUUUCAUCCUGCAGAUCUGUUAUGUGCUUUCUAUUGACUCUUAAGAGUCCUGCAUGUAAAUCUCAAAGCUGAGCCUGGCUCCAUGAGCCCAAGGUGAUAUUUGUGGCACAUGAAUGAGUGUAUUGAUUACACACAAAAUACACUAAUAACUUAGUACAAUGAAUUUUGGGCUGUACAUCUAAGGAUGUAACAACAAGGUUUGUUUUGAAAUAUUUGAGGUUUAGCUCUACUGGAACAUUUUUAGCAUUUGGCUUGCAUUUGUGGGGUUUUAUGUAAGCCACUCUAAUAUACCACAUAUUUUGCUAAUUAGAAUAUAAUCUAUACAGUAUAUACUGUCAAAUUUUAUGGUUGUUUUUAGAUGUCCCCAUUGUAUGUUGCAUGGUUUUUUUUAUUUUCAUCUUUUUUUUCUUAAGGUUUGUGUGGAGGGGUUUUUUUUUUUUGUUUGUGGUUGGUUUUUUUAAUAGCUUAAACCACCUUUUUUGAGAUGUGAGACUUAUUCCAUUCCCUGACAUCUGUUUUGGGCUUAUUUUAGGCUCAUGUUUCAGAUCUGCAUGCAGUGCUUGCAUUACCCUAGUAACUACAUGUUGGUCCCUUGUUCUAGGGGUUCAACAUAACUUUCCAAAUUUAUCAUAGGUCUUGUGAUGACACAAGACAUGGAUCUUUGUAUAGAAGUUAUUGGCCUCUCAUUUACCUGCUGUAGUAUUGCUGUAUAUUGUGUGUGCAUGAUGUUGAGCUGCCAUGGAAAACUUUUUAAAAGGAAAAGAAAACCACCUUAAAUGCAGACCAUCCUUUUUUGCAUGCUUAGAAGGUUAGAACAUUCAAUGUAACAAACGGAAGUUGCAUGUUAUAAUGUUUAGGUUUGGGGUUUGUUCUGUUUUUAUUUUGUGUUCACUUUUUAGUGAAUUUCCUUAUUGUGCUGUUUGAAUGGUUGUUAAUAGAAUUAAAUGCACUAGUGAGGCAAACAUAGUUCCAAGGAAAGGUAAUUUUCCAGUUAUAUGUGUCAUACAGCAUUUGAAGGGACCAUGUAUUCUGUUCAAGAAUAAGUAAAAUCAUAAUUGAUAAGUAAACAAUUAAUUUUUUUUUCUUUUGAAUGCCAAACCCUAAACUAAGUGGGACUACAUAAAGACUAAAAUACUUUGGGGGAAAUCCUAUUUAUUACAAUAGGUAUACAUCUUCUUUAAUUCUUUAAAAUGGAGGAUUUAUCUUCAAAUAGAAUAAAUUACAGUUGUUUCAGGGAAAAAUAAUUAUGGUAAAAAACAGUUUCUGGUUCCUUGAAAAUGUUGUGCAUUUUGUAUUUUAUAUCAUUAGUGCAAUUUGGAUGGUUCUUGGUAUGUGUAUAGUUCAAAGGUCUUCGUGUUCACAUUUUAAAAUUAGGUAGUAAUUUCAUCUUUAGAGCUUGGUUUUAUUUUUUUUAUUUUCUUUGCAUUUAGAAGUAUGAACAUUUUAAAUCUGUUACUUAAUUCUGUAAGUAAUUUUUAUAAUUAUGAUGUAACUCUAUCCUUAAAGCAUUUAAAAUAAAUCCUUUAUGUGCAA